AUGAUAUAUUUAACUGGCUCUUUUACAAAGUAUGUAGUUGUUGUUGAUAUCAACAAUGAUAAUCAACUGGAUAUUGUCGUCGGCUAUUCUGAUAACAUCGGUGUUCUUCUCGGAUAUGGCAAUGGUACGUUCGCACAGCAAAUAGCGUUUUCACCUGGCACGGGCUCUCUAGCUAUUGGUGAUUUUAACAAUGAUACUCACCUGGAUAUUGUUGCUCUCAGUGGUUUUAAUGAUAGCGUUAGUAUACUACUUCAGUAUAACAGAGGAGCUUUGAUCAAAUAUAUAAGUUACGCAUCUGGCGGUGCUUCCAGCCUACGAUAUGUUUCUAUUAGUGAUCUAAACAAUGACACUCGACUCGAUAUUAUUGUAGCUAAUUAUGGUACCAACGAUAUUGGUAUUCUUGUUGGAAGUGGAAAUGAUACUUUUCUAAGCCAAAAAAUGCUCAUCAGUGGUUCAAAUUCUCAUCCAUCAGCUAUUGCUAUUGCUGAUUAUAAUGGUGACACGCUAUUGGAUAUUGCUGUGCUAAAUUAUGGUACUAAAGAUAUCGAUAUGCUGAUUGGAAAUGCAAAAGGCACAUUUACAACUCAAACAAAUAAUGGAUUCCAUUUUGUUGCAUCUCCAUUUCUUAUCGUUUCUGGUGAUUUUAGUAAUGAUGGAAAAUCAGAAAUUGCUGUCGCAUGUGAUGGCAAUGAUAAUGUGGAUGUCUUUACUACAUAUAAUACUGGAUCUUUUGUAGAUCCCAUAAUCUAUGCAACUGGUACUUCUCCAUACUCUGUAGCUGUUGGUGAUUUUAACAAUGAUAAUCGACUAGAUAUUGUGGUGCUUAAUAGAGGUGACAACAACGUGAGUGUUUUUUCUCGGGCCGUAGCUGUCGGUGAUUUCAACAAUGAUAAUCGACUGGAUAUUGUUGUUGCCAAUGGUGAUGACAACAAUGUCAGUGUUCUUUUGGCGUAUGGUAAUGGUUCAUUUGCAGACCAAAUGACAUAUUCAACUGGCCGUGGAUCACAGACUUUAGCUGUUGGUGAUUUCAACAAUGAUAAUCGACUGGAUAUUGUUGUCACCAAUUCUAUCGGCAAUAAUACUAGUGUUCUUCUUGGAUUUAACAAUGGUUCAUUUGCAGAUCAAAUGAUGUAUUCAACUGGCUCAGAUCCACUAGGUGUAGCUGUUGGCGAUUUCAACAAUGAUAAUCUAUUGGAUAUUGUUGUCGCCAAUGAUUAUAGCGUCGGUGUCCUUCUUGGGUAUGGUAAUGGUACGUUUGCA